UGUUUAUCAGACUGACUGGGUCAACAAUCAUUUCAGUCCUUUACUAUCUUUCUAACUUCUCCUUCUGAUUUUAACAAAUGGAAACUAUCUAUCUUUAAUAUUCUGUUUCCUGAGUGGGAUCCCAAAACGUGAUCUGGAAUUCCUCGUGUGUGCUGUCUCCAAGGUGUACAGUAUAAUUUGAGUGGCACUCCCACACAGUGUGUAUUGGCUGUCUCUGUACAUAGAUUGGAGUAGUACAGCUCCCACACAGUGUGUAUUGGUUGUCUCUGUACAUAGAUUGGAGUAGUACAGCUCCCACACAGUGUGUAUUGGUUGUCUCUGUACAUAGAUUGGAGUAGUACAGCUCCCACACAGUGUGUAUUGGUUGUCUCUGUACAUAGAUUGGAGUAGUACAGCUCCCACACAGUGUGUAUUGGUUGUCUGAGUACACAGUGUAGAGUAGUACAGCUCCCAUACAGUGGUUAGGGUGGCUGUGGCCUACCUGGAUACAGACUGAAUGGUUUUUUUCUAAACUGUUAUGGAGGAUCUAUUUGUGUUGUUGACUGGAAACAAUUGUGUCUUUUCAUCUUCUUAUUCACUCUCAGGAUAGAUAAGGUCAUUAAAACAUCAAAAUGCCCAAGAAAGGCAAUCCAUCAUUCUACAAUUCGAGUUAUAUGACUCCCAGGAAAGCACCUCCCAGACCAAGACUUUUCAAAGAGGAUCGUUUCAAACUUUCAGAAAUAUUGAAAGAGGCUGAGAAAGAUUACAAAUUAAGAAAGGAUGAAAUCUUCAAACGCAUGAAAGUGACAACAUUUGUUCAGUUGUUGGUACAAGUUGCUGAUUUUGAGCAGGAUGCAGAUUCACAAUACACUAAAGGUCAGUAUUCAGACAGGACAGACAUGGAUGGAGAGUACUCAGAUCGGCCAGAUACAGCCGACAGAGAAGUCCUGAAAAUCCAGGAGAAAAGUCACUCACCUCGCCAUACAGAUAGGAGUUCUGGUGCUGGAGACACAGAGAGAACUCGAUCCAAAUUACAGAAUGUUGUAACAGGUGUAGGAGAGAUUCGUGAAGAUAAACCUCAAUCAAUCCAGAGGAGUAAUGACUCUCCCUACCUGUUACUGGAUGUGAGAGAUGCUGAUAGUUAUAAACAGUGUCAUCUUAUAACAGCGAAGCAUUACCCUAAAACCAUGUUAUCAAGAUCUUACGACUUUGAGACCAAGGACAUGUUAGCAUAUAGAAACCAGCCUGGUAAAAUAAUUGUAGUGUAUGAUGAAGACGAGACUAUAGCUCAUGAAGUAGCCACAACUCUGGUUCAGAGGUUUUAUGAAAAUCUGUUUCUCCUAUCAGGCGGUAUGCGGGUUGCCUACAAAGCCUUCCCGGAGGGUCUGUUCACCGGUACUCCAAGUCAGAAAGUGACAGAGGCCAAAAAUCCUCCAACAACAGUGCUCAACUCCAGUAAAGACCGAUUCACUGAGGAAGACAUUGACAGACUUCACGUGUACCUCGACAGCGCCCUCUCCGACCGCAGUGUUGGUAGUCGGCUUUCCAAUGCCAGUACAUCAUCCAGUAGAAUAGGAGGAGCUUCACAGAUGUCCAAAGCUAGUAAGCCAGAAUGGGCGGUGAAGGGCCGCAAAGCUUUCAAACCAUGACCUCAUUUUCACAGUAUUAACAGAAUAUCUGAGCUGCUUGGUCGUCACAGGCAUGGGUAGAUUCACAGGGAAGUGGAAGUCAUCACUGGAGUCAGAAGUACCUCAAAAAUGUUUAAUACUAACUGAUAUAUGUGUAUGCACCUUUGAUGUGUGGCAAUAGACAGAGAUGAGGACCAACUUUCUAUUUCACUGUAUUGCUUAUCAUUUGUGUGAUAAUACAUCUAAAAUGAAAUAAAUAUUGCAAUCUUUUGUUAUAUUUCAAUAUUCACAGUUAAAAAAUAAAGUGAUUAUCAUUGCUUUUGUCAAGAAUUUGUUGGUCAGCAAUAUUGCUAGACUUUAUAUCAAAUGGUGGAAUCUGUCUACGCUUUGUUAAUCUAUGCAUUAGAUAUCACAAAAAUGAAAAGAAAAAAAUGCUCUGUAAAAUUUAACCUCCAAUUCAAAACAAGCUAUGAUUCUUCCUGUAUCCUGAUAACAAAAUAAAAUGGAAAAUAUUUGUCAAUGAGGCAUAAAAUCUAUUUCUUGGGAACAACAGAUUUAAUUGUACCAGAUCUUAAACACAUCAUCUGCCUUUGCAUGCUUUACCUCACCUUUUCUCCACUGUAGUCUAUAUGGGGAGUUUUCUGAGCUGCUGAUAGGACAUUCUGACCACAUUCUGUUGGUAAACUCCGUCCAUAACCCAUGUUUAUUGAAUGGGUAUUAUUAGGAAAUAUGUGUAUUGAAUGGGUAUUAUUAGGAAAUAUGUUUAUUUCAAAAGUUUUUAUUCACUUAUUUAGGUUUUAAAGUUUAAGUCUCAAAUCAAAUAUUGAUAUGCCAUUGAAUAUUACAUUAAAACAUGAGAGAGUAUGAAAGGUUUAAUAUUUAAUAGGGUGACACUCUGUACUUGUAUUGGUUGUUGUUAGCCACAUGAUACUUAAACCUAGAGUUUAUUGUUAUCGUAUCAGUGUGUGGAAUGUUCACUAUAUAUAUAAAGACUGAAAGUUGUAUAUUUUUGUAUUUGUGUUGAAAAAUAUUUCUUGUGUUUUUUACAAAUGUGUGGCCUUUUUAAAGAGAAUUAUCUCCCCUUACCUUUAUUUGGAUUUGCUAUACUGAAUGUCAUUCAUGAUAUUGUAUAUCACACUUACUACAUGAUAAAAUCAAACAUCAUUCUAGGCUUGACUUUCAAUAGCUUAUUUAUUAACAAAACUCAAUGUUUUUUAUCUGUCUUUCACUGCCAUAUGAAGAAAGAGUCUUAAAUUAUAGAGAAUAUGAGAAUUGUGUCUGUUCUGUGCUAAAAUGUGUGGAAGAUAGAAGUAGGUAAGAGAGUGAGUGUCCUCUAUUAUAGGGAGUAUUGGAAAUGAUACCCUUUAGUAUACAGUGAGUAUAAGAGGUGAGAAGUGAGAGUGCUUCUCUAUUGUAGAGUAAAUGAGAGAUGAGAAGCGUAACUGUUUAUCCUCUAUUACCCAAGUAUAAUGUAAAUGAGAGAUGAGAAGUGUAGCUGUUUAUCCUCUAUUACCCAGGUAUAAUGUAAAUGAGAGGUGAGAAGUGUAGCUGUUUAUCCUCUAUUACCCAGGUAUAAUGUAAAUGAGAGGUGAGAAGUGUAGCUGUUUAUCCUCUAUUACCCAGGUAUAAUGUAAAUGAGAGAUGAGAAGUGUAGCUGUUUAUCCUCUAUUACCCAGGUAUAAUGUAAAUGAGAGGUGAGAAGUGUAGCUGUUUAUCCUCUAUUACCCAGGUAUAAUGUAAAUGAGAGGUGAGAAGUGUAACGUUCUGUUUAUCCUCUAUUACCCAGGUAUAAUGUAAAUGAGAGAUGAGAAGUGUAGCUGUUUAUCCUCUAUUACCCAGGUAUAAUGUAAAUGAGAGAUGAGAAGUGUAACGUUCUGUUUAUCCUCUAUUACCCAGGUAUAAUGUAAAUGAGAGGUGAAAAGUGUAACUGUUUAUCCUCUAUUACCCAAGUAUAUUCAGUAGAUGAAAAGUCUGAGUCCUCGUCCUCUGAUGAAAAGAAGAUGAGAGUUGUAAAUGAGAAAUUCAGGUGUUUUGUCCUGCUUUUGAGAGCUGAUUUUGGAGAGUGAUGAUAUUUGAUGUACUUUUGUUUGUUAGUCCAUAAGUAAUAUCACAUUAUUAGUUAGGUUCUUGUAUCUGACCAAGCACAGAAAUAUGUGACUUGUUCGAGCCUCAUAUAAAUUACUGACCACACAUACUCCUUGGUAGUAGUUAAAUCCUUGUAAAGAUUUAUUUUUUUUUUACUUUUUUGAAAACACUGAUAUGGUUUUGAGACCUAAAAUGCCACAUUGGGAGAUCUCUAAAGUUUACUCUCCCAAUCUUGUCAUUGACAACAGCAGAAAAUAAUGCUAAAAACCUAAAUUAUUUACCUCAUUCUGUGACUGCAUCAUUGAUGUUGUUGUCACUAGCACUAAAAAACACUAAGCGACUGAUAAAUAAGUACAUGCAUUUGUUUGAAUAUUUAUGAUUUGUACAUACUAUCAAUGUGAGCAUCGCCUAUAUUGUCAAUAAAUAUCAUGAUGCAAACAG